AUGACACGAAAUUAUCAUCGAAUACAAGAGACAAGUGGUAAACGACAAUCAAAUGUUCUACCCGUUUUCACCGUUGUACAACAACAAAAUGGUCGUCGUAUGAGUACAUUCAUCAAUUCUCAACGUCGAUUAUCUCUCGUGUCGCAGCUGUCUUUGCCACAUGGUGCUGAAUAUCGUCCACAAAAACGAUUACCACCCAAUGGCCUCGAAUCACAGCCAAACAUCCUACCGAUGAAUUUAACAACAAUGAUUAAAGAUAAUACUAAACCAUUUCAUGCUAAAUCAACUAAAAAAUCAAAGCCAUCUCAACAUCGACUCUUAUCUCAUCUAUGUUGUGUUGCUGAUAAUGGGCGACAAUAUGGUGAUGAUAUGCACACGUUUGACGUCUGA